AUGGCUCUUAGUUCGGCUCCUGCAGUGUCUAUUGAACCAGUUGUUUGCCCUCAAGCAGUGAUUGAGUGGUACAAAUUAACAGGAUCAACAGAUUACAAGCGAGGUUGUAGGAAAAGAGAUCUGUCCUUAAAAGCAAAGCAACAUCUAUGUGCUUUGGGUUGGAAUUUGUGGUACAUUGCUAAGCAAGGUCGAUGGGAAUUGCGUUAUACAUCACCCAAUGGCAGGAACCAUAUUUCUCUCAGAAGUGCAUGCGAAAGAUGCAUAGAAGAGGGAGGUUGUGGGCCUGAAAAUGUUCCCUUGAUUCAGAAAACAAAGGGUCUUCAAGUUAAGCGUGAUCAUGAUCAUGAUCCUUCAACUACAGCCAUUUCAUCUUCUGCACAGCCACAAGUGCAACCAAGAAAAUGCAAGAAACGAAGAGCAAGAGCGCAGUCAUUUGAUGAUGAUGAGCUUGAUCAGGCCUCUUCCACUGCUGUCAUUCCAUCUUCUGCACAAUCACAUGAGGUAUCAAGAAAAUGCAAGAAACCGAGGGCUGAGCCAAGAAAGUGCAAGAAACCGAGGGCUGAGCCAAGAAAGUGCAAGAAAAGGCAAAGGGAGUCAUUUGAUGAUGGUGAUGAUGAUGAGUGGAAUCCGGUGGGUCAAUCUCAAUCCACGAGUGAGCUUGAUCAGGCCUCUUCCACUGCUGUCAUUUCAUCUUCUGCACAAUCCCAGGAGGUACCAAGAAAAUGCAAGAAACCGAGGGCUGAUCCAAGAAAAUGCAAGAAACUGAGGUCUGAGCCAAGAAAAUGCAAGAAACUGAAGGCUGAGCCAAGAAAAUGCAAGAAACCGAGGGUGAGGCAUGGGGAUGAGGCACAAAGUUCUUCAAAUCCUGGUACAGUUAACUCUUGGUUGAUAGACACCAACGUGGUACUUUCAGAAUCCAAGGUUUUGGGCCCCACUAACUUUGAGGCUCAUGCUGGUUGUACAAAGCAACUUCCAUCAACUAGUAUCUUCUUGGAAGAUGGAAGGUCACUGUUGGAUUGCCAAAGGGAAGCAUUGAGUACUUCACAACAAAAAAAUCACGAUGUUGUUAUGCAGAGAGACAGUGUUUAUAAAGACAAUAAUGACAGCGUCUGUUCCAUAUGUCGUUAUGGUGGUGAAUUGAUACUCUGUGAUAGAUGUCCAUCCUCAUUCCAUCUCACUUGUCUUGGUCUUGAACAAGUUCCUGAUGGUGAUUGGUUUUGCCCACCAUGUUGCUGCAAAAUAUGCAACCGAGCAAAAUACAGAGAAGAUUGUGCAGAUAAUGUGGAUUGCAGUGUUCUCGUUUGUGAUCAAUGUGAGCACAAAUACCACAUUGGCUGCCUAAAGACUAGAGGCUUUACCAGUAACUUGGAAAACAGCCCUAAUAAGAAUUGGUUCUGCAAUUCUGAUUGUGAGAACAUAUUUUGCAGUCUACAGAAGCUGAUAGGAAAAGCAAUUCCCGUGGGGGGUGCAGAUAAUCUUACUUGGAUGAUGUUGAAGACCUUGAAAAGUGAUAACCUUGGAGAUCUUACUUCUGAAGACCUUGAGCGCUUGAGUCAAAUUGAAAGCAAGCUAAGUGUGGCUCUUGGAGUAUUCCGUGAGUGUUUUGAUCCCGUUAUUGAUCCUCUCACUGGGAGAGAUAUCAUAUCAGAUAUUAUGUCUAGCAGAGGUUCAGAACUUGAUGGUUCCAACUUUCGUGGGUUCUACACGGUGAUUUUGGAGAGGAAUGACCAAGUGAUUUCUGCUGCCACCAUAAGGAUUUAUGGUCAGAAGGUUGCUGAGCUACCAUUUGUUGCCACUGGGAGGAUGUUUCGAAGACUUGGAAUGUGUAGUAUCUUGAUGAAUGAGCUUGAGAAGCAUUUGACUCACUUGGGAAUUGAGAGGAUGAUCUUGCCUUCCUCUCCUAGUGUGAUAGACACUUGGACAAACUCAUUUGGCUUUGCAAGGAUGACAGAUUUGGAUAAGUCUCAAUUUCUUGACUAUACUUUUGUAGACUUCCAAGACACCAUUAUGUGCCACAAAUUAUUGAUGAAGCCUUCAAUCAAACGUUUUGAUGGUUAUGUGGCAACUGGAAGUUCAAGUAUUCCUGGGUUUGAGUCAAGUGUGGCUGGAAGUUCAAGUGCUGAUGAUGCUCAACCAUUGCAGCAGCACCAACAUGCCAGACUUCAGUGGGAAGCAGAAAAUAUACAAGAUUAG